AUGCGAGCGCACAUUGAAGAAGAUGCCCAGAGGUUUUACUGGGAUCUGACCAUGCUGCUCCUGAUGGUGGGCAAUCUGAUCAUCAUCCCGGUCGGCAUCACCUUCUUUAAAGAUGAGCACACGCCGCCGUGGAUCGUCUUCAACGUGGUCUCCGACACUUUCUUCCUGAUGGAUCUGGUGCUAAACUUCCGCACGGGGAUCGUUAAGGAGGACAACGCAGAGAUCAUCCUGGACCCUCAGCAGAUCAAGAUCAAGUAUCUGCGCUCGUGGUUCGUGGUGGACUUCAUCUCCUCCAUCCCCGUGGACUACAUCUUCCUCAUAGUGGAGACGCGCAUCGAUUCGGAUUUCUACAAGACGGCGCGAGCUCUGCGGAUCGUCAGAUUCACCAAAAUCCUCAGUCUGCUGCGGCUGCUACGGCUCUCACGCCUCAUACGAUACAUACACCAGUGGGAGGAGAUUUUUCAUAUGACCUAUGACCUGGCCAGUGCAAUGGUGCGAAUCGUCAACUUGAUAGGGAUGAUGCUGCUGCUCUGCCACUGGGACGGAUGUCUGCAGUUUCUGGUGCCCAUGCUGCAAGACUUCCCUGCUGACUGCUGGGUGGCCAAAAACAAGAUGGUGAACGACACGUGGGGUCAGCAGUAUUCCUACGCUCUCUUCAAGGCCAUGAGCCACAUGCUGUGUAUAGGAUAUGGCAUGUAUCCUCCCGUGGGCAUGACAGACGUGUGGCUGACCAUCCUCAGCAUGAUCGUGGGUGCCACGUGUUACGCCAUGUUUGUUGGGCACGCCACAGCGCUGAUCCAGUCCCUGGACUCCUCGCGCAGGCAGUAUCAGGAGAAGUAUAAGCAGGUGGAGCAGUACAUGUCCUUCCAUAAGCUGCCAGCAGACAUGAGACAGCGGAUCCAUGAUUACUAUGAACACAGAUACCAGGGCAAGAUGUUUGAUGAAGAGAGCAUUCUGGGAGAACUCAAUGAGCCACUGAGAGAGGAGAUCAUAAACUUCAACUGUCGGAAGCUGGUAGCGUCCAUGCCACUGUUCGCCAAUGCAGAUCCUAAUUUUGUGACAUCGAUGCUCACUAAACUUCGCUUCGAGGUCUUCCAGCCGGGCGACUACAUCAUACGAGAAGGAACCAUCGGGAAGAAGAUGUACUUCAUCCAGCAUGGCGUGGUGAGCGUCCUUACCAAAGGAAACAAGGAGACCAAGCUGUCGGACGGAUCCUACUUUGGAGAGAUCUGUCUGCUGACGCGGGGUAGACGCACCGCCAGCGUCCGGGCCGACACAUACUGCCGCCUGUACUCUCUGUCUGUGGACAACUUUAAUGAGGUGCUGGAGGAGUAUCCCAUGAUGAGGAGAGCGUUUGAGACUGUUGCCCUCGACCGGCUCGACCGCAUCGGAAAGAAGAACUCUAUUCUCCAGCACAAGGUCCAGCAUGACUUGAAUUCAGGAGUGUUGAACUACCAGGAAAGUGAGAUCAUCCAGCAGAUCGUGCAGCAUGAUCGGGACAUGGCCCACUGUGCAAACCUUCUGCAAAGUCCAUCUCCGCCCGCUCCUCCGUCCCCGACUCCAGUCAUCUGGGCUCCACUGAUCCAGGCACCUCUACAGGCCGCUGCAGCCACCACAUCAGUGGCUAUCGCACUAACACACCACCCACAUCUUCCCGCUACACUCUUCCGACCUCCAGUUUCCCUUCUCGGAUCCAGAAACGAGCCUCCCAGCAGACUUAAGAGAUUUCAGACGGUUGCACCAAAAACAGGAUCAACCUCUGAUUCUCCAUCCACCUCCCCAUCAAAGCUUCAUCCAGGAGUGGAUACUCCUCUUCUAUCAUCCCUUCAUACUCAACACUCAUCAGUCACCAUUAAUCCUAGUACUACUACCAAUCAGCCAGUGUCAUUCAGAAGCUUCACUACUCCAUCAGCUUCUCCGACAUUAAGCACAGCGCAGCUUCAUUCACAACCAAGACAAAAACAGUCAAGUACGCCUCCUCUAUCAGCACGCCUGCAAGCAGCAGGAGCACAUCCGCCCGGGAUCCUCACUACAGCCUCAUCAAACACUAGUGCACUUUCAGCAGGACUAUCCACUCAUUCCCCUACUCACAGUUAUCCUCCACCAAAACACCCUCAAACAGGCUCCCUGCAGUUCGCAUCUGGAGGAGGGAAGAGUGGGUUAACCCUGUUUCACAGUCCCACACCCGGAUCUCCAAUCUCCAUCCGUUCCCAAGCCCCCGAGAGCUCCACGUCAUCCCAGACACAGCCCUCGUUUUCCAGUUACCUUGCUUUGGAAAGGUCAGCGCUGGCCUCGAUCGCUCAGUACGGCUCAGCGAACGCCUCGCCGAGCUACACGCCUUUAGCCCUCAGCCCGACCGUUCAGAGUCCCGUCACGGGGAGAACUUUCCAGUACAGUGACCCAUCCAGCGCCGCCGGCUCCCACACGUCCCUGCUCCUCCCGCAGUCCUCCUGUCCAGGCCAGCUCCCGGGUCACCACUCCUCCGGGACGGACUCUCCUCUGGGCCGCUUUUAUGAGGAUUUAAACAUACUGUCCAGCUCUCCCCAAUCUCUCUGCGUAGAAGGAGCGGGUCAGUCUUCCCCUGGUUAUUUAUCGCCGUAUUUAUCACCGACACUAACGCCCAAACCCUGUAGCUCGGUUUCAGGGCACAUGUCGGGUCCCGUACAGACUUCUCCAGGCCCUCGAGGUCAGGCUCUUUCAAUAGGGACGUCACCCGCACUUUCUCUCCCGCGCACCUCCGAUGGGGAACUAGAACCGCUGAGAUCCAAACUCCCCUCCAAUUUGUGAGGCAAAUUCACACCCUCCUAACGCACCAACAGCGAUCUUCCUCCGUGUGACCUUUUCUUUCGUUAUCUCUGUAUGGGCACUGUGUUAUAAUCUUUUAAAUAUCUAAAUAUUACUGU